GGAGAGCAGAGCCUCUUCGCCAAUGGCAAGUCCGGUUGCAGACAUAGGACCGUCUCAUCAGCAUCACCCUGUGACAGACUCGGCCGCAGACUCCGCGUUUCAGGAGGCGCAGACAUGGAUAGAGGCUGUGACAGGAAGAUGCUUUGGUGACAAGGAUUUCAGAGGAGGUUUGGAGAAUGGGAUACUGCUAUGCGAGUUGCUGAGCUCUAUUAAACCCGGCCUGGUGAAGAAAAUCAACAGACUUCCAACACCCAUAGCGGGCUUGGACAACCUCAGUGUGUUUCUGCGCGGCUGCGAGGAGUUGGGACUGAAAGGCUCUCAGCUGUUUGACCCUGGAGACCUGCAGGACACGUCGACACGCCCCACCGCCAAGGGAAGUGACUGCAGCCGAAAGCUCAAGAAUGUUCUAAUCACCAUCUACUGGUUGGGUCGUGCUGCCAACAGCUGUACCUCCUACAACGGGCCCACACUGGACCUGAAAGAGUUUGAGGGGCUGCUGUCACAGAUGCGAAAGGAGGCAGAGGAGGCAGAGAGCCCUAAACGCAGCAUCCGAGACAGUGGCUACAUCGACUGCUGGGACUCUGAGCGCAGCGACUCUCUCUCCCCGCCACGGCACGGCCGCGAGGACUCCUUCGACAGUCUGGACUCCUUCGGCUCACGCUCACAACAGACCCCGUCACCGGACGUCCUGGUCACCCGCGGUAGCAGCGAUGGCCGCGGCAGUGACUCAGAGUCCGACGGUGCCCCCCACAGGAAGAUGCCAGACGUCCGUAAGGAUGACAUGUCAGCACGGCGGACAUCCGUCAGCGAGCCACGAACCGCCAUGCCCUUCAAUCAGUACCUGCCUAACAAGAGCAACCAGAGUGGGUACGUGCCCACGCCGCUCCGCAAGAAGAAGAACGACAAGGACGAUGGAGGGCGCAAGAGUUGGAGCACUGCCACUUCUCCUAUAGGGGGAGACAGACCAUUCAGUCCAAAUGAGAUCCCUAUCUUAGACCCCCAAACCAGAGAGUCCCCCACCCCACCCCUCGAACCCCAGAUACAGAUUCAGGAGGAGAACCGGGCUGUUAAGGACGAGGAGGAAGGGGAGCAGACUUGCUCCACACCUUGCUGUGAGAUCCAUGCAACGGGCAUGAGGAGGAUCAGUGAGCCUUUGCCCUGUAGCCUCCCCCAGUCCCAUGCAGAGCCCCCCAUGGAGGCUGUUACUCACCUGAUGGUCACCUCUGAGCAAAGUACUCCAGCUCGCUCGUGCUCAGAGGAGCUCUUCCACCACUCGAUGACUCUAGCCGCGAAAUCUACAACAACCCCCUUGCUUGCAACAAGCCCCGUCAACUUGUCUGGGAAACAUCCACCUGUGACAGAGCAGGAGGAGGCGGCUGUGAGGAAGGAGGGUGCCCUGUUAGUCGCAGACGCAGAGCGAGAUGAGAAGCGGGGCCGCCAAAAGCUUACCUCUCCCAAGCACGUCACCGCUCUGAGUCCCUCCCACUUCCUUCCCGUGCCCACUGCCACGGCAACCACUGCGACAGCAACUACCGGUACAGGUCGACGGAAGGGAAGGGCGCGUAGUGAAAGUGAGGACCCACAAGGAGGGACAUCUUGGUUGGACAGCAGUCAACCAGCAACAUUCAGCCGCACACAUAGUGUGUCAGAUGAUCCACAGAGUGUGAGCAUGAUCGACAUGCGUGGUGAGGAGGAGGCCGUCUUGCAGCCCCACAGUCAGGUGCGUCAUGAGCUGAUGCACAACCAGUACAACAAGAUGAAGGAAGAGGAUGAUCACUGGCAGGAUGACCUUGCGCGAUGGAAAAAUCGUCGGAGGAGUAUUUCCCAGGACCUAAUCAAGAAGGAGGAGGAGAGGAAGAUGAUGGAGAGGGUGAUGUCAGGAAACACCUGUACCACUGAGAGGAGGAGAAGCAUCAAGACUUACAGAGAGAUAGUGGAGGACAAGGAGCGACGUGAGGAGGAGCUGCGGGACGCAUACAGAAGAGCCAGAACCCCAGAAGAAGCAUCAGCCAUCCUCCAACGCUACGCCCAGCGUUUCUCCAUCAGUGACGCAGUCCUUGAACGCCUACAGCUGCCAAAGCUCCUAGACCGCAGCAUAUCUGCCGAUCCCUCCUUCCCUUGCUCACCCUUCCCUCUCUCCCUUUCCCUGUCCCCCUCCCCAACAACCCCAGAUCCCUUCGACAUGGACCCCAACGGGCCCUUGAGGUAUCUGCGCCAGCAGUCCGCCCCGGCUCCAAAGUUCACGUCUACACUGGAGGCACGAAUUGAAGAGUUUCCCAAAGACUCCUCACACCAGCGGCCUCAGAUUCGCUCUCGUUCAUCUGAGCCGCCAACGACCCGAGGCCUGUCGCCCAAACCGGUGCCUUUGCUGAUGCCCAAGCCUUACUUCCAAACUCGAUCCACAGCGGCUGAACCUUGGUCAAGUAAGGUGGAUGGUUUGCUCCGAGUCAACGGUGACAUAGGAAGUGUCGACGCUCCCGCCACACCUAAGAGCCAAGGAAGGGAAUCUCCUCCUCAUUUCGAGGCGUCUCCUUCCGUAACCAUAAACAGCACUGUGGAUGCUCCGUCAUCAGCAGCCUCGCCAACACACAGUCCUCACGCCUCGACCAAAGGAGAAAGCCCAGUGUCGACAAAGGCCAACGAGGAGGCUCAAGGUGUCACAGGACAAACCUCUAAGGACAACCAAGAAGAGAAAGUCACCGAGCAUUCAACACCACCCAGCCGCCCCACCUCACUCCCAUCGGAGCUGCAGAAGCCAGAAGAAAGCUUUGGGAAAUCUGGAAGCCAGUCAGUAGCUGCUCCAGAGGAGGAGAAACCAAAUGCUGCAGCUCAACAAACAUCACCUGAAGAAGCCAAACAAGAAGAAACUGAAAGUGAACAGAUCUCCAACCUUGUCCAGUCAGAGGUCAAUGCACAGCAAAGUCAGCCAGUAACUUUACAGGCAAGUGUUCCCAGUUCCCAGGAGCCUUCACAGGAAAAAGAGAAUGCGCCAAGCUUAGCCACACCAGUAACAUUUGGACAUCACCCACCGAUGGAAAUGACGGCAGAGUUUGCAAACAGUAUCAGGUCUCCGCUGGCAACCAGCAACCCUAAGUUACGCUGGGACUUCUUCGCUCCGCCAGAGGACACAGAGAAGGAUUUCCGUGGAAACGUGUCAGUCCCGGGGUUGCCCCAGGCCAGGCGGGGUGACCGCUGGUCUUGGGACCCGGAUGAGGAGCGAAAGCGUCAGGAAAGGUGGCAGCAAGAGCAGGAGCGCAUGCUGCAGGAGAAGUACCGGCGCGAGCAGGAGAAGCUGAAGGAGGAGUGGGAGAAGGCGCAGAGGGAAGUGGCCGAGGAGGAGAGGAAGUACCACGAGGAGGAGCGUAGGAUACUGGAGGAAACGGUGACGCCUCUGACUCCCCGCUCCUCAGCCCUGCCCUCCCCCAGCCGAGGAGAACUCUCCUCCACCUUGGAGCCCCAGGACACAAUCGUCCGUUCGCUGGCCGACUGGGAACGCAAACAGGAACUGCUGGAGAGGCAGUCGAGGGGGAGCACAGAGAGCGUCGAAUGGAAACGGAGAGAAAACGACAGGACAAGUGACAUCAGCACCGCUGACGACAGCAUGAAAACAGGCAGAAGCCUGGUGAGUCAGAGCAGCAGUCAGGCAGAGACGCUCGGCCACAGCCUGCAAAACGGCCAAAAACUUCCCCCGAUGCCGACCAAGACUUCCACCCCAGUGAAGAAACAACACGAACCCACAGCAGACAGCAACAAGCCCAGUCGGCCUGCAGGAGACAGGAGGAUUGGUCCCAUUGAUAAUAACAUGAGCCGCAGCUCAUCAAAACUCCCCGCAGCAUGUCCACCACCGCCUCGAGACACAGUGCCUCCAGCACCCAACAGGUCUGUCAGUGGGAAGAAGCUGUGCUCCAGCUGUGGGCAGCCGUUAGGGAAGGGGGCGGCCAUGAUCAUAGAGACUCUCAGUCUCUACUUCCACAUCCAGUGCUUCAAGUGUGGAGUGUGUAAGGGACAGUUAGGCGACACGACCACAGGGACAGACGUCCGGAUCAGAAAUGGCCUCCUCAACUGCCACCAGUGCUACAUCCGCUCCCGCUCGGCGGGACAGCCAACCACGUUGUGACGCUCAACAGAAAAGCACAAGGUUCACGGAAGAAACCCCAUCCUCGAUUUAACCCGAUUAUCUGCAAAUCAUGUCCUUCACAGCGUGUCGGGAUCUUUGCAUUCUCUGCACCUCAGUAACCAAUGAAGAUUCAUCAUGGGGCCAAACAGGGAUCCGGGGACAGUCUUAAAAGAAAAAAACCAACAACAACAACAAAAAAAAAACAUUCUUCGUGUUUAUGUCAUCUGAUGUGAGUGAAAUCUGGAUUUGAUUGGUCCACGUACCACCACAGACUCUUUCAUCAUCAUGCAGCGUGAGAGAAAGAGAGAGAGAGACUGUUCUGGGGUGGCGGCCAUGUUGAAAAGAAAACACAAUAACA